ACAAUCAGGUUUGCUUUAACUCUGACCGAUCGCGACGCGAUCAGUUUCGAACGUAAACCGUUUGCGAUGGGAGCUUUUGCUACCAUCCUGCUCUUAGUUCUGACCAAUUGUUUCCUGCCGGUACUUCUGCUGCCAUCCACCGGAAACAGUAGCAGCAGCAGUUCCGGUUCCGCUUGUGGACUAACCACUACCACCAUCCGUAAGCCACUGAUCGUUAACGGGGUGACCAGCGUCGCUGCUGGCCAAUGGCCGUGGCAUGCUUCGAUCUGGCAUCGUGUUACGCGAUCGACGCACAUCUACGUUUGCGGUGGAACGUUGUUGAGUGAGUUGUAUCUGCUGACCUCGGGGCACUGUGUCUCCAAGGACGGUAAUGCCCUGAAUGAGCGGUUGGUGUCCGUUCAGUUGGGUUCCAUUCGGCAAAACUUACUGCUGAACGGGUUUCCGGUGCAGAACGUGCCGGUUGCGGAGAUCGUCGUGCAUCGGGACUUCGUUCCGCGAACCUUUCAAGCGGACCUGGCAUUGCUGGCCCUUGGGACCAAGGUGAUGAUCAACGAAUUCGUGCGGCCGAUCUGUCUACCGAAUGCAACCAGCGCCGACGAUGGUGAGGAGGAUCUCGUCGGUCGACAGGCGGUGGCCGUCGGUUUCGGAAUGACCGAAACGGGGGAAAAUUCGGAUGUUCUGAGACAACUGUGGAUGCCGCUGGUGGACUAUUUGACCUGUUUGGAAAGUAACCGGGAAGUGUUCGGGAUGUCACUGUCGUCAGCGGUUCUUUGUGCCGGAAACACUAACGGCAGUACGGUGUGUAACGGGGACAGUGGAGGCGGUUUGUUCACACAGGAACCGACCGACGGGCGGUGGGUGAUCCGUGGAGUGACCAGUUUCACGGCCCAGCGAGGCUGGAACGAUAGUAGUUGCAGUCUAAGUGAUUACGCGGCUUUCGUGAAUGUGGCUCACUAUGGCAGUUGGAUAAGCUACGUCAUGGCUCAUGGCGAUCAGGAAGGGUUCUUCAACGGAACCAACCAGCCGAUGUCCGUUAUGCGUGUGCAAUCGGUAACUUCUAAGCCGAUCAAACUUGAGCUUCGGACAAGUGAGAAGUAUUGUAAAUUAUAUCGCAGGAAAGGUUUGAUAGUCACCGGAACCGAUGGUCCGAGUCAGAUAUACCUUUUUAAAACGCAAAAAUCCCAAGGUUUGGCAUACUAUCUGACCGACGACUUUGCCAUAACGACCGCCGGGCUGGCGAUCGAUUGCCUCUACGGAGAAACGGUUUGUCAGACGGUUAUCGGCAAACGGAUCAGGCAGGCGUUCAUUCAUCCGGAAUAUCGCGGCGGUAGGGAUUUCAACGUUGCGCUGCUGCUCAUGCCGCCGGCCGACGAGCCGCUCUGGUGUCUGACCGCUGAGGCUUCCGGGAAAAUCUACUUCGAGGGCAGACAGCUGAAGGCGAACACGAUUUCGGCGGAUGCCGCGACCUGGACCGAAUUCGAUCUGGACUUUUACCUACCGACCAAGCGGGGCGGUGUGGUCUACAACGAACGGCGGGACAUUGUCGGGCUGAUGCACAAUCCGGCAGGCGACGAGGUGGUGAUGACCAACAUCCCGGCCGUCCUGGACUGGAUCGAGUCGAUAGUGUGGAACAACGGCUCGCUUUAUCGUGUUUCGUCCUGA